AUGUUUGAUAGUUAAAAUAGCACUUCUGCAAAAUUAACAGAACAAAUCAAAUCUUAAUAAAGCUAUAAAAUAAGAGAAUUUGAAUGGUUUGAAGUAGAAACAAAAAUUAGAUUAUUUGUUUAAAAAUUAAUGGAACCAACAUUAAAAUAAAUGCAUGAAGAUCGAAUGAUCGUAGAUGAAUUAUAACAAAAUUUUAAAACUAAUAAUAAAGAAGUUUCUUAUUUAAGAGAUAUUGUCUUAAAUUAAGGAGCAGGAAUACCCAUCUUUGAAGAAUUCAAAUAGAGAUUUUUAGAUUUAGAAAUGAAACUUGAUCAAUAAAAGCGAGAAUCGAUUGAUUAAUUUGGAAAUUUCAGACAAAGUCUUGAUAGCACUGAUAAUGAGAUUUCAAAAUUUUUAUAAUCUGUUAGAACUCUUGAGUAUUUUAAAAUAAAACUUGAAUAAGAUCUUCAAGAUAUUUAAAUAAAAAAUGAUAACUUUAAAUCAAGUGUUGAAUCAAUCAUUAAGUAAUUGUCAUCAGAUCUUACAGAAAGUACUAAAAAUUGGAAAUUAACUGCAAUUGAAAUUGAACAAUAAUUUGGUAAAGUGGAUAAUAGACAUUCUGAUCUAAUCAAUAUAGUAAAAUAAGAAUAAGUUAAAUUAAAAUAGAUAUCAGAUUCUAUAUUAGAAAUAAAUAAAAAAUAAAACUAAAAUAUAAAUACUUUUGAAGUAAUUGAUACUAGAUUAAUAAAAGCAGAUGUUUAGAUUACAACUUUGAAAAAACAAAUUUUAGAAGUAGAUUAAUUAAUCAAUAGAAAUAAAUAAGUAUAAAUGUUUCUUAUAUAUUAUUUACCUAUGUAUAUGUAAGCAUAGAUUAGUGAUUCAUUAUUUACAUGUUUGCCUUUGAAAUUUUUCUAUAAAUUUACUUAAUUUGAAAAAUAGAAAUUUGAUUAUUUAGAUAAAUAAUUAUUAGAAUAUAAUGGUGAUCCAAAUAUAUAAAUACUUAUAGAUGAGUACAGUAAAACAUUAGCAGAAGUCAUGAAAAGGAAUUCAAGAAUUAGUCAAAUGAUAUUUAUGAAUUAAAAAAAAGAAUAAAAAGACUCCCAUUCUUCAGAUUCUGAUAUGGAUAGUGAUAAUAGAAGUUAAAGAACAAAUGUUCGAAAUAGUGUAUAAAUUAGAUAAGAUUCUACAAAUAAUCAUAGAAAAGAGAGUAUAUAUUCAAAAGAUAUGAUAUAAUAAUCAGCUAUUAUGCAAUAAUAGAAAAAAAACUCUGGUUAAUCCAAUAAUUCUAAUCUAAUUUUUUAUGAAGAUUAAAUUAAAUAAAUUAAAGAUUAAUUUUAAUAGGAAAUUGAUGAAUUAAAAUAAUUCAAUAUUACUUUAAAAAAAUAAAUUGUCUAAAAUUAAAAGGAAACAAAUGAUUAAAUAUCUAUUAAUAUCUCAUCAUGUUAAAGUAAUAAUUAAAAAUUAUUAAAUACAACAACUAAUUAAAUUAAAAAUUUAGAAGAGAAUAUUAAAAAAGCAUUAAGCUAAGAAAACUCAAAUUCUAAUGACCUUAUUUUUGAUUAAGUCAAAUAAUUUAAAAAGUCAUUAUAAACAAUACUCCAUUUCUUAGUUCUUAUUACACAUUUAUUAAUUCAAGAUGAAAUUGACAGAUAAGGAAUUUAACUUAUGGGGGCAAAGGAUACUUAAAUUGAUGGAGGACUAGUGUAUACUGGUUAAAGUAAGAAAGGACCAUCAAUAUAAUUAAAUGGUGAAUGCCUUUCUUGUUCAGGUCAAUCAAUUUAAUUAUUACAAUGUUUUAAAUUAGCAUGUUUAGCAUAUCAUCCAUCUGAUAUUUUAGUUGAUGGAAAAUUAUUUAAAAGAGAUCAAUUAUUAGAAAUGUGUACUACUUUAUUAAGAUAAGCUAAAUAAGAAUUUUUAGAUUAAGACCAAAAUAUUUCAUAACCUAAUACAUAACCUAUAGCUUCUAGAUAGAGAAGCUCCUCAAUUCCUAUUUCACCAGGCCGACUUAAUUCUAAUUUCAAAUUUAAUAAAACAAGAAAAUUAGCACCAAUGACAAACAUAUAAAAUUUGUGA